CCGAUAUGUCUGGUUUUAUUGGUGUUCACGCAGGGGCAGGAGAUCAUUCUGAUGAUGCAAGUUUGGCAUACAAAAAAAUUUGCAGAGAGGCAUGUAAAAAGGGUGCAUCAGUUCUCAAAACCGGUGGAAGUGCCUUGGACGCAAUAACUGCAAGUAUAGUUGCUCUGGAGGAUUGUCCCUUCACCAAUGCUGGAUUUGGAUCUAACUUGACAUGGACUGGUACUGUAGAGUGUGAUGCUUGUGUUAUGGAUGGAGAGAGUUUAGCCUGGGGCGGCGUUGGAGGUGUACCAGGUAUUCAGAAUCCUAUUCUCAUGGCCAAAAGUUUGUGUGUUAGACAAACAGGAAAAGAACUGGCAAUGGGUCGGAUUCCGCCAUGCUUAUUAGUUGGAGAGGGAGCUCGUUUGUGGGCUGAAGAGGCAGGUAUCCCUACCACAGAUCCCAAGUCUCUUAUAUCAGAUAAAGCAAGAAGAAUUUAUAAUCAUUAUAAGAAGAAACUGGGAAAGGAACAAAAGAAGUCAAUUGAUAUGCUUAGUCCCCUAGAUACAGUUGGUGCUGUUUGCAUUGACAGCAAGGGCCAUGUUGCUGCUGCCAGCUCUAGUGGGGGGAUCAUUUUAAAACACUCUGGCAGAGUCGGACAGGCUGCAAUGUUUGGUUGUGGGUGUUGGGCACAAGAUGGAAUUGAGGGCAAAAAUUCAGUAGCAACCAGCACAUCAGGAUGUGGAGAAUAUUUAACUCGCACCAUGCUAGCGAAGGAAGCAGCUUCAGAUCUCACCAAUGCAAGUUGUGGGAGCACGUGCCUACAUGGUACAAUGGUAAACAAGUUUCUUGGAUCACCCUUCCUAGCUGGUAUCUCAGAACCCUUUGGUGGGAUAAUUGCAUUAAAAUGUGAUGAAGAAGGAGUGGGUGAAUUUUUAUGGUCACACACUACUCGAAGCUUUUGUAUUGGAUAUAUGAAUUGCCAAGAUAAAUCUCCAAAGAGCCAUAUGUCUAAACUUCCCAGUGGUAUGGAACCAGGAACCAAAGCAAUUGUGGAAGGUGUAGGCUUUGUCCUAAAACAGCAUUUAGAUACUGAAACUGAGAUGCAAUCUUCAACUUCCUGAAUAAAAGACGGAGGCUGCAUUACGACCCCAACGACGAAAGGAUGCAGCAGCACCUCGCUGGCUCGCAGCUCGCCAACUCGAGCGGGAGCUCGCGACGCAGCGGCGACGCCCACUCGCCGGCCCCGGGUGACACCGACUCGGACUCCGAC